AGUAAAAUCUAUGUAUGAUGUUGAGAAAAACAUUGUCAAAUAUAUAUUCCCUAAUGAUCUAUUGCCAGGGUAUUACAACAUAAAAUUAGUUUAUAAUAUAACUGAAGAUACAGGCCUAAAAACCUUUUAUAAAAGAGAUGAGCGACAAUGGUUUGCAACGUAUGUUGAUCGUAUUGGGAUCCAACACAUGAUUCCGUCUUUGCCCGAAUCUUUAAGCAGAAUGCCCUAUUAUAAGCCCAUCUACAAUAUUAUUAUCGAACAUCAAAACAAUACAGUUUUAUUAAAUCCACUGAUACAAACAAAGGAAAGGAAUGAUAAAAACAUGACGAAGACAUAUUUUCAUACGUUUGUAAAGCCUAUUUAUUUACUAUUUCUCAACCGAAUUAAUUUAUCUUUUAUGCAUGGUACAAAUAAAAGUGUCAGAGUUAAUAUGUGGUGUAGAAUGCACUGCGAAUUUGCACACCAAUUUGCUGAAAAUAUAACAACGUACUUAUUCGAUAAAUGGAAACGUUUGAAUAAAACUUUGGAAAUAAAUCAUAUUGCACUUCCGGAUUUUCAAAACGAAAGCAUUAUAAAUUUGGGACUUAUUCUUUACAGAGAAGCAGAUAUUAUCUACAAUGACAAUGUAGAUUCUGUUGCGACUAAAAUCAAAAUUGCCCGCUUUAUGGCUCAUAAAAUAAUACAGGAAUGUUCUUAUUAUGAAAAUCCACUUUGGCCGUUAUCCUCUUUGUUAAAUGAGGCUAUUGUCUCAUUUCUUGGAUUAUAUGUCACCAAUCAGACUCUCCCAAGUAUCCGGAUGAUGGACUUGUUUGUGGUACAAAUUCAACAAGAAUCCCUUCAUUUCGAUACUGAAUAUAAUACAUCACUUUAUAAUACAUCAUUCAACAUUUCUUUUGAACAUUACAGUUACAUUAAAGUAUCCAGUCUAUUGCGUAGAUUACAAGAAAUGAUUACUAAAGAGAUAUUUUGGCAGAGUAUCCGUAUAUAUGUGAAAGACAACAAGCCAGCUUUUAACUAUUUUAGUGAAAUUAUGAAGAAUCUUUCGUCUAUUCAAAUGUCUACAGGCAAUUUAUUUAUUAUAAUGCACCUAAUUAAGUCUAUAACAAAACGAAAAUGUUGUGAUAUAGCGAAAUUAGAACGAAAUUACAAUCUGACUAUCAGAGGGUUAGAUGCAAUAGUAUACAGUGAUGAUUACAUACCUAUGUCGUAUGUGAAGUUGGGUGACUCUAUAAUAUAUAAUCUAGAACAAAUUGGAUAUUAUCGAGUCAAUUACGAUAUCGAGAACUGGCGAAGAAUUGCAAGUUAUCUAAAUUCUACAAAUUAUAGGGAAAUACAUGUUUUGAAUCGUGCCCAAAUUAUCGAUGACGCUUUCCACUUAAUGAUAACAAACCAACUUAAUUCCACUGUAUUCUGGAAUAUUACAAAAUAUCUAUCACAAGAAACAGACUACGUGGCAUGGUAUCCUAUGUUCAAAGCUUUAGAAUAUCUGUCCAAUAUCUUUCUAUUUCAUGAAAAAAUAUAUUUUGAUAUCAAGGUGAUUGUAUUAAUCUCACUAUACAAGUUGCUUGAUUCACUUAAAUACAAUGAACUUGAUUCUAAUGAACACGAUCUUACAAAGAGUUUGAGAAUGGAGGCUGCGAAAUGGGCAUGUAAUCUUGAUGGUCGCAUAUGCAUAGAAACAGCCCAACAUAACUUAAUUCGACAUCUCAAGGAUCCAGAAAAGAACACGCUUUUGCCAUGGUGGAAAGAAUGGACAUAUUGUCAAGGUUUAAAAAUAUUGCACUAUCCUCUUAGCUAUGAAAGUAUGGAGGAUUCUCCUUGGUGGAAAGUAUAUCGUCUGGGAAAAGAAAAAUUUAAAACUAAAUUUUUAAAAUAUCUGUCUUGCCCUGAGGAUUCAAUAUUUAUCAUACCCUAUUUAAAUCUAAUAAAAAAUGAUAGUGCACCAUCGAUUAUAUUUUUAAAAGAUUUUUCCGAUAAAGAUUAUAUUGAUUAUUUUCUUUUUACUAUCGCGAAGCAUGCAAGGAAUCCUGUAGUACUCGAUUUCAUAUUACACAAUCUUAAGAAUAUAAAACCUAAACAAAUCAGCGAGUAUGCAACAUUUACUGUAAUUAUUAAUCAUGUGUAUUCCACAGAUCAACUCCAAAAGAUAAACGACUUCUUAACAGAUAAAUUUUUUAAUGUAACGCAAGUUAAAUUAAAUGAAUGUAAGAAGUUUUCGCUUUUUGUGAAGGAAAGAAAUACGAAUGUAAAGACAAGCAACUUAACAGAAUUAGCAGAAAAUUUCACAUGUAUGCAGCUAUAUACAUCAAAUAUUGUAAGCAAAAUACAAAUGCGUUUUUUCGAAAUCAAAAGUCAACAGAAUUACUUUCAAAAUUUUGUCAAAUAUCAACAAUAACAGUUUAAUAGAAGUAACAAUUGUGACGCAAAUGCAU